GGCCAGGGUACCAACGGAGCUGACGCCCCUCCCUGCCCAGCCAGGAUGCCCCACCGAGGUCACCAGGGCAUCAGCGGGGACAUGCUGAGCCGGCGCACCCUGCUGCUCACGCUGGGGUCUCUGCUGAGCCUCUGGUCCGCCCUCUGCCAGGAGUGCACCAAGUACAAAGUCAGCACGUGCCGGGAGUGCGUGGAGUCGGGCCCUGGCUGCGCCUGGUGUCAGAAGCUGAACUUCACCGGGCUCGGGGAGCCAGACUCUGUUCGCUGCGACACCCGGGAGCAGCUUCUGUUGAAGGGCUGUGCGGCUGAUGACAUCAUGGACCCCAGGAGCCUGGCUGAGACCCAGGGGGACAGGAAGGGCAGCCAGCAGCAGCUGUCCCCACAGAAAGUGACACUCUACCUGAGACCAGGUCAGGCGGCUGCCUUCAAUGUGACCUUCCGGCGGGCCAAGGGCUACCCCAUCGACCUGUACUACCUGAUGGACCUCUCCUACUCCAUGCUGGAUGACCUCAUCAAUGUCAAGAAACUGGGGGGCGACCUGCUCCGGGCCCUCAACGAGAUCACCGAGUCCGGCCGCAUCGGCUUUGGGUCCUUCGUGGACAAGACGGUGCUCCCCUUCGUCAACACGCACCCUGAGAAGCUGAGGAAUCCGUGCCCCAACAAGGAGAAGGAGUGCCAGCCCCCCUUCGCCUUCAGACACGUGCUGAAGCUCACCAACAACUCGAACCAGUUCCAGAGGGAGGUCGGGAAGCAGCUCAUUUCCGGAAACCUGGACGCCCCCGAGGGCGGGCUGGAUGCCAUGAUGCAGGUCGCCGCGUGCCUGGAGGAAAUCGGCUGGCGCAACGUCACUCGGCUACUGGUGUUUGCCACGGAUGACGGUUUCCACUUUGCGGGUGACGGGAAGCUGGGCGCCAUCCUGACCCCCAAUGACGGCCGCUGCCACCUGGAGGACAACACAUACAAGCGCAGCAAUGAAUUUGACUACCCGUCGGUGGGCCAGCUGGCACACAAACUGGCCGAAAACAACAUCCAGCCCAUCUUUGCGGUGACCAAGAGAAUGGUGAAAACCUACGAGAAACUCACCGAGGUCAUCCCCAAGUCGGCGGUCGGGGAGCUGUCGGACGAUUCCAGCAACGUGGUGCAGCUUAUCAAAAACGCCUACAACAAACUCUCCUCCAGGGUCUUUCUGGACCACAACCUGAUCCCCAGCACCCUGAAAGUCACCUAUGACUCCUUCUGCAGUAAUGGGGUGUCACACGUGGACCAGCCCAGAGGGGACUGUGACGGCGUCCAGAUCAAUGUCCCGAUUACCUUCCAGGUGAAGGUAACCGCCUCGGAGUGCGUUCAGGAGCAGUCCUUCCUCAUCCGCGCCCUGGGCUUCACGGACACGGUGACCGUGCAUGUCGUCCCCCAGUGCGAGUGCCACUGCCGGGACAUGAGCCAGGACCACCGGCUCUGCGGCGGCAAGGGCUUCCUGGAGUGCGGCGUCUGCAGGUGCGAGGCUGGCUACAUCGGGAAGAACUGUGAGUGCCAGACACACGGCAGGAGCAGCCAGGAGCUGGAGGGCAGCUGCCGGCGGGACAACAACUCCAUCAUCUGCUCGGGGCUGGGGGACUGCCUGUGCGGACAGUGCGUGUGCCACCAGAGCGAUGUGCCCAACAAGAAGAUCUUCGGGCGCUACUGCGAGUGUGACAACGUCAACUGCGAGCGCUACGACGGGCGGGUCUGCGGGGGCGAGGAGCGGGGCACAUGCGACUGCGGCAAAUGCCACUGCCGGGAGGGCUUCGAGGGCUCCGCGUGCCAGUGCGAGAGGUCCACCAGGGGCUGCCUGAGCGCCGAGGGCUACGAGUGCAACGGGCGCGGCCGGUGUCGCUGUAACGUGUGCGAGUGCGACGCGGGCUACCAGCCGCCACUGUGCCUGGAAUGCCUGGGCUGCCCAUCGCCCUGCGGCCGGUACAUCACCUGCGCCCAGUGCCUGAAGUUUGACCAGGGCCCCUCGGGGAGGAACUGCAGCGCGGAGUGCGGGAACGUGGGCCUGCUGAGCGCUCCCCCGGAAAAGGGCCGCAGGUGCAAGGAGCGGGAUCUGGACGGCUGCUGGAUCACCUUCACCCUGCGGCAGCGGGCGGGCAGGGACAGCUACGACAUCCACGUGGACGACAGCCGAGAGUGUGUGGGGGGCCCUCAAGUCGCCCCCAUUGUGGGUGGCACUGUGUCUGGCGUUGUUGCCAUCGGCAUCCUUCUGCUGGCCAUCUGGAAGAUUCUGACCCACGUGAGUGACCUCCGCGAGUACAAGCGGUUCGAGAAGGAGAAGCUCAAGUCCCAGUGGAACAACGACAACCCGCUUUUCAAGAGUGCCACUACGACAGUCAUGAACCCGAAGUUUGCCGAGAGCUAGGGCACUCAGUGAACCAGGCGGAAACAGCCCAGCUCGCGUCUCCUCCAGGGACGGGGUCACAGUCCUCGACAAGUUCACCCAUUAACCUGAAAUCCCACUGUCGUUUUCUGCUUUUGAGAUACUAGGUAUGGUCGGUGACAAUACGGACGUGUCCGAAGGGACAGCCUCCCCCUUCUGAUGUGUCUGACCUUGUAGUAGAGACUUGAAGAAGGAAUCGCUUGGGUCUUAUGAGGUUCGGUGCGUUUUCCUAUAAGACUUAGAGCGGCAAUCUCAUUGUGGUACAGAUUUAUUUAUGUUUGAACUUAUUGUGGUAUAAAAUCACAUUCCGUUGGUGACGAUGUUUCCCAAUCGUGUGUAUGGAAAAAAUAAAGAAAACUUCAGUU